UUUGUGCCCCAUGGCAAGGGGGCUUCAUGCCCCAUGGAGAGGGGAUCAGAGCGAUGUGUGCCCCACAGCAGGGGGAUCCGUGCCCCAUGGAGACGGGGAUCAGUGCCCCAUAGUGAGGGGGCUUUGUGCCCCAUGGCGAGGGGAUCCGUGCCCCAUGUGCCCCAUGGAGAGGGGCCUUUGUGCCCCAUGGAAAGGAGGAUCCGUGCCCCACGUGCCCCAUGGCGAGGGGAUCCAUGCCCCAUAGAAAGGGGCCUUCGUGCCCCAUGGCGAGGGAGUUCAGUGCCCCACAGGGAGGGAUCCCCGUGCCCCAUGGCACAGGGACUGUGUGCCCCACAGAGAGGGGGUUCCCUGCCCCACAGAGACAGAACUGUGGGGCACCGAACCCCACGGCACAAGGGGUUCAGUGCCCCAUGGCACAGGGACUGUGUGCCCCACACAAAGGGGGUUUGGUGCCCCACACAAAGGAGGUUCCCUGCCCCAUGGCACAAGGGGUUCAGUGCCCCAUGGCACAGGGACUGUGUGCCCCACACAAAGGGGGUUCAGUGCCCCACAGAAAGGGGGUUUGAUGCCCCACAGAAAGGAGGUUCUCUGCCCCGUGGCACAGGGACUGUGUGCCCCACAGAGAGGGGGUUCAGUGCCCCAUGGCACAGGGACUGUGUGCCCCACACAAAGGGGGUUUGGUGCCCCACACAAAGGAGGUUCCCUGCCCCAUGGCACAAGGGGUUCAGUGCCCCAUGGCACAGGGACUGUGUGCCCCACACAAAGGGGGUUCAGUGCCCCACAGAAAGCAGGUUCCCAGCCCCAUGGCACUCCCCACAGCGAGCACCUCCCGUGCCCCACGGCCGGGGGCCGCACACCCCACAGCGAUGCCGUGGGGCGCCACAGGCCCUGCCGGGGCCGGGGGGGCCGGGGGUCACCAUGGCGAUGCUGCACACACAGACAUUAAACAGAGUUUUAUAUCGGAAGUAGCGAAACCACAACGCGUCACUGCUGCCGCGGCGCCAGCCCUGCCCCA